GUAAAGCUUCCGAAUCGACUCGGGUCUGCCAGCCAUCAUAAGUAACGUUACAGGGGGUACCGCCUGGUUGAGCUUUGCGCUCCGGCGACAACAAAAGAGCAAUCAUGACGAGGGGAAAUCAGCGUGAACUUGCCCGUCAGAAGAAUGCUAAAAAGCAAAAUGAUCAGACCAAAGGGAAGAAAAAAGAGGAUGGCCUCUCAGCAUCUGCCCGUAAGCAAAGAGAUGCUGAAAUCAUGCAGCAGAAGCAAAAAAAGGCAAAUGAGAAGGGGGACCCUAAAGGCAAAUAACCAGUGAAUGGGGCAUUGACCGACAUGGCAUCCUGAUUUUUUUUCUUUUGUCAAGAGAGACUAUCUGUCAUUGUGUAGAUGUGGAGACUUUGAUUCUUUAAUGUUUGAACCCAAACUCCAUAAUGUGCUUGAAAGGGCAUAUCAACUAUACAGUACAUAAUGAUUUGUGUUCAGCUAUGGAGGAGAGAGUUUUUUAUGUUCAAAUAAUCAGAGCAAGCCCAAAUAAUGGGAGUCUCAAAAAUGUCUGGACUGGCAUUGUAAUCUUGUAUUUUUGUAUGAAGUGCCCUUCUUAAUAAAAUGUACAUUUUAAUUCACACCUAGCAAUUAAACUGUUAUCCCUAUUAA